GCAGGUUGUUGGUCAUCGCGCUGCUGCCCAUUCCCCUGUGUUUGGACCUAAAACAAGUUCACUGCAGAUGUUUUUUUUUUUUAAUAGUUUUGUUUUUGUUUCUCAAAGUAAUUUAAAGUAAAAGUGGAAACUUUGGUGAAGAUUCAAUUUAGGACUUUUUUCUGUUUCGCUUGGGAAGCUGUUGCAUCAAACCAGUGUCAGUGUGGAUGCUGGAAAGAUGACGGAAUGGUGCGCUGCCUGCUGCGCUGCCUGCUGCUGGGAUAUCUGACCUGGAAUCUGCGGAUCUCGGACGCUCAGGGGGAAUACUGCCAUGGCUGGCUGGACUCUAAUGGGAAUUAUCACGACGGCUUCCAGUGUCCGGAGGACUUUGACACCAUGGACGCCACCGUGUGCUGCGGCUCGUGCUCGCUGCGCUACUGCUGCGCGGCCGCGGACGCGCGCCUGGACCAGGGCGUCUGCACCAACGACCGGGAGCUGGACGACACCCAGUUUGCAGCACAGCCCGUCUACGUUCCCUUCCUGAUGGUGGGCAGCAUAUUCGUGGCCUUCGUCAUCGUGGGCUCGCUGGUGGCGGUGUACUGCUGCACCUGCCUGCGGCCCAAGCAGCCGACCCAGCAGCCCAUCCGCUUCUCCCUGCGCAGUUGCCAGGGCGAGACCAUCCCCAUGAUCCUCACCACGGCCGCCCCCAGCCUGCGCGCCCCGUCCCGGCAGUCCAGCACGGCCACCACCAGCUCCAGCUCGGCCGGCGGGGGCAGCUCCAUGCGGAGGUUUUCCCUGGGGGGUCCUCAUCAGCAUCCGCAGCAGCAGCAUCCGCAGCAGCAGCAGCAGCAGCAGCAGCAGCAGCAUCAGGGCUGCCUGGUGUCCGCCACCAUCUCCUCCUCAGCCUCCACCCCCAGCCAGACCUCACAGACUCUGCCUCCGCCGCCCCCUCCCCCCUACACGUCCCCCCCAGCAGCCCUGACGGGAGGCGUCCAGCACUCGCUGUCGCCCGCCCACACCCAGCUGCAGCUGCACCAGCCUCCUCACCCGGCUCAGGCCACCGGCUUCCUGCUGCCCCAGCAGUACUUCUUCCCCCUGCAGCCCGACGCCUUCACAGCGACCAAGGGCUUCGCCGACUUCGGACAGAGCUGACAGGUCUCCCAGCAGGGGGAAAAGGGAGGGAUUAACUGAGUUUUAUAGAGCUGGACGCGAGCCGGUGAGGACAAGUGCGGAGCAGCACAGCUGGUGCUGCAGAAGGCUCAGGCUCGGGUGAACAGGCGUGCAGAGAGCAGCAGGAACACGACCGAGACUGGGGCGCUUUCCAGCAACAGACUUGCCAGGGGCUAUUUCUGAAUUGUAUGCACUUUUACAUUGUAAAUAGAUCUUUGUGGUCCUUUUGUUUUGGUCAUUUCAUAGACGUCAUUAUCGAGUGGAGACCAGGGAGUUGUUUUCUGACAAUCAGAUGGACCUCUGAAAGAAAAAAAGACCUUUUCUUUUCCUGUAAGAUGCUGAUCAGAGUUGUUACGGCAAAUAAAAAGUGAUCUCUGGUAAUUGCUGGGGACUGAUAUCUGUGAAGAUUGCUCAAUGACAUGGUGACAACUCCCCAUCACUGAGACGCCAAGGAAACUGGAGCGGCGGGGCCUGCGCUGCAGCUCCCUACCUGUCGCUUAGUCUCGCGCCAGACUUCACAGCAGGAAUGCAGAGCUGAGAUCCGUCAUUGUCAGUGUUCAAUGAGCAUGGCGUGGUCACAGUGUCAAAAUCAACUCGCCCCAGAAAUCGAGGUUUAGGUUUUCAAGCAGCAGGUACGGCGAAGACUCCACAAAGACGGCUCUGUUCCCCGGUUACCUGACUGUGAAAUAGACCUGGCGGUCGGUGUCUCCUGAACCCUGCCAGCCGUUCGGUUGCAGGCACAAUCAGAGAUCCAUGAAGUCGGCACUUUCAUCCCCAAAUCCAAGACGAGUAUCUGCUUCCAAAAUACAUAUCUGAGGAGAUUCGAGUCUUCAACUCUCAGCUGUCAGUUUGAACUUAAGUGAAACAUUCUUUGCCUCUCUCAUAUUAAAAAAGAUAUAUAUGUGUAUAUAUAAAUAUACAACUUGUGGACACAUUUCCAUGAUGUUAUCUGAAUAUUUUGGAAAUAUAAUCCAUCAUGUAUUUGACAGGUAAAAAAAAAAAAAGUACUUUUCUUCUAAAUUAUCCCUCCAGUUCUUCCCUCUAACAAUGUUUUUAAUUAAAACUGU